GUGUAUGGUUUUGUAUUUUGUAAACAUUGCAAUUGAUAACAUUCAAAUUGAAUUCGGAAAUUCUGAUGAAGCAGUCUUUACAAGAAUUCGGUAGGACAGGCCCUUAAACUUCUUUGCCUUAUUUAUAAUUAGAAUGCAAAGUACCAGGAUUUGUUUAUUACGUUUAGUCAUGAUGACGCGAGUUUUGAAACAAACAUAUGCUAAAAAGUUAAUGUUAUGUAGAGAUAACAAUAAGAAAAGUCAAUUCCCUCUUGUAGGGAUUGCGGCCUUAGGUUUCUUGUGGUCAAGAUCUGAACAGAAAACUGAAAAAAAAGAUAAUGUUAGUAGAGUCUUAGAAAAAUCUGAUGAGGAGUUUGAGAAUGGUCAUUAUGAAGAUUGUUACCAAACCUUAAUGUUAAGUAAGUUUCAUGAUGAUGUUGAAGUUAGAUGGCGAAUUUGUCGAGCACUUUACAAUUUAUCAAGAAAUUUAAAAUUUGAUGAAAAUUAUAGAAAAGAGCUUAUUGAACAAGCAUAUGAAAUUAUAGAGAAGGAAGUCACUAUUUCUCCAAAUCAUUAUGCUGUCCACAAAUGGUUUGCCCUCAUUUUAGAAGCUAAAGCUAGUUAUGAAGGGUAUAAAGAGAAAAUUAAAAAUCUUCAAAACAUAAAACAACAUAUGGAUCUAGCAGUUAUACUAAAUCCAAAUGAUGCUACAACCUUUCAUAUGCUUGGAGAAUGGUGUUUUCAAAUAACUGAAAUGCCUUGGCAUCAUAGAAGAACAGCUGAAAUUCUUUUUGCCUCUCUACCUAAAUCAAAUUAUGAAGAUGCUCUUGAAUAUUUUUUAAAAGCAGAAACGGUACAACCUAGAUUUUACAGUAUGAAUUUAUUAAGGAUUGGUAUUUGCUAUUUAAAACUAAACAGACCAGACCAGGCUAAAUAUUAUUUACAACUGGCGGCCAGUUACCCUGCUAAAUCAAAUGAAGAUCAUCAAGCUAAUAAAGAAGCAACAGAAUUGUUGAAAAAGAUUUAAUGAAUUUAUUCUUUCUCAGUAUAAAAUCCGCUAUAAAGGUUAUUGGGCUCUUCAAAAGGGUAAUUACUUUAGUAAGAUUAAGGUGGAUGUAUAUAAGUCAGUAGUCUGAUGAAUGAUAUAUAUAGAUAGCUAGAUAUAUAAAAAAUCUUAAAUGACCAAAUAAAGACGGAUAUCAAGAAUAUAGAGGGGAUAGAGUGUAAUUGUUACUGAAUUCAGUGUAGGAUUUCACUAACAAGAGUUUGAAGUUCUGAUCUAUUAAUUAAUUUUUAUUACUCAUUUUUAUUGUUGAUGUAUUUUUAGAAGUUUGUUGAAUGCAGUAAUCAAACUUUUAGUAAACAAAAUGCUCUUCUUCUCCUGAUUUUCUUCAAAGAUAAAGAAUGUAUUAGUUGCUUAUACUUCAAAUAUUAAAUAUUAUUACACAGCUUUAAUUUAUUUUAAUAAAAAAUGGAGUAUAGUCUCUCUAUUUAUUUUUCUAAAUAACUCGUUAAUGUAUAAAAGGUUUACAAUCAUUUAUAACUUAUUCUAGAAGAUUACAUUUCUGCUUACGCAAAGUAAAUAUAAAAAAAAUAUCUUAAUUCAUAGGAUUCAUAAUAUUAUAUUUGAAUUAUUAGAUUUUGACUUUAAAUUAUUGCAAAAUUAAAAGCUUUGCUUUUCAAUAUCAACUAUUGGUAUUUCAUACGUCAUAAAUCAUUAAAUAUCAAAGAGAAUAAAAUACAUCAAGGAACAUUAUAUAGAGUAAAAAUAUAAAAUAAAAAUGUCUUCAACUGAUUUCUAAUAAAAUUGCACUGCAGCCUCAUUGUUAAAAUGCAAAUAUUACCAAAAUUGGCAACUAAUGUUUUCACAACCAUAUUUACUAUUAUGUGUAUGUUAAUAAAUGAUGUUAUAUUUCAAAAGCAUUUAAAUGUAACAUUUACCAUUGAUUUCUGAGACCAAAAUCUCUGUCUUAACCCUUUUA